CGGGGCGUUCUCUAUGGUGCGCUAGCUCCCCUAGAGUGCCUCGUAUCCUUCCGGAGGAGUUGGCCCCGCCUUCGGGGCGAGGAUAAAGACUGGUUUUGGCGGGAAUUGCAAGGUUGCUAGGGUGAAAAAAAGCAACAAUGCAGGCAUUUUUGAAAGGUCCAGUCAGUGCUAAACCUCUCUCUACUAAAGAACGGGGAGCCCCUGCAACUGCAGGAAGCAGUGGGGAGAGCAAGAAACUCAGACCCAUUCCUUGGGUCGAAAAAUACCGUCCAAAAUGCAUGGAUGAUGUUGCGUUUCAAGAGGAAGUUGUGGCAGUACUGAAGAAAUCCUUACAGGGAGUUGAUCUUCCCAACCUCUUGUUCUAUGGCCCUCCUGGAACUGGGAAAACAUCUACUAUUUUGGCAGCAGCUAGAGAACUCUUUGGUCCUGAAUUGUUCCGGCAGAGGGUCCUUGAAUUAAAUGCAUCUGAUGAACCACCUUAUGUUCAGUAAGCUCUGAAAGUCAAGACUUUUGCUCAAUUAACAGUUUCGGGAAAUCGUUCAGACGGCAGACCAUGCCCGCCUUUUAAGAUCAUAAUCCUGGAUGAGGCAGAUUCUAUGACCUCGGCAGCUCAAGCAGCUUUAAGGCGCACUAUGGAGAAGGAAUCUAAGACCACACGAUUCUGCCUUAUCUGUAAUUACAUCAGCCGAAUCAUUGAACCAAUUACAUCUCGAUGCUCCAAAUUUCGUUUCAAGCCACUUUCUGACAAAAUCCAACGCCAGAGACUUCUAGACAUUGCUCAAAAGGAAAAUGUGAUAAUCAGCAAUGAGGCAAUCGAUUACCUUGUUCAUGUGGCAGAAGGAGAUUUGAGAAAAGCAAUCACGCUUCUUCAGAGUGCGACGCGACUGACAGGCGGAAAAGAAGUGACAGAGAAAAUUGUUAUUGAAAUUGCAGGGGUUGUCCCCAAAGAAAUAUUGGAUGGACUGCUAAGUGCCUGUCAGAGUGGCUCUUUUGAAAAGCUGGAAGCUGUAACAAAGAAUGUGAUCAGUGAAGGCUAUGCAGCUACUCAACUGAUAAACCAGCUUCACGAUAUCAUUGUUGACAAAGAAGACCUCAGUGACAAGCAAAAAUCUGUAAUUAUAGAGAAAUUUGCUGAAACGGACAAGUGCUUGGCAGAUGGUUCUGAUGAGUUCUUGCAGUUGAUCAGCAUCUGUGCAGUCAUGAUGCAGCAGCUAAUUCAGAAUAGCUAACUGUAGGGGACAAGUGGCCUUUUGAUGGCUAUAGUAAACCUUUUCUCUGUAGUUUUGGCACACAGUUUGCAAACUGUUCUGUAAAUAUAGACAUUGCUAU